UCUACUAAGCAUAAUCUCAAAACAUUGAAUCCCAAAAGAGUCUAGAGAGGUCGUCAUGGCGCAGAGAAUCACUACAUUGGUUAUGCUCAUAGAGAUAUUGUUUCUGGUAAAUUAUGUGAGUCAGUUCGCCACAACCGCAGCGGAUAACGACGGAGAUGUGAUUCACGUAGCCGGAAAAGUGAUGUGCCAAGACUGCACUCUUAACUACGACAAAUGGAUCAACGGCUCUGAACCCAUCAAAGGGGCUGUGGUAUCAAUCACUUGUAUGGACGAGAGGGAAAGAGUGAGGUACUAUGGCAGCGACAAGACCGACGAGAGAGGCCAGUUCGAUCUUAUCCUUGACAAAGUCCUCUACGGCGGCAAGAAUCUUAAGCCUAAACUUUGUACCGUCAGGCUCGUGUCCUCUCCUGACAAGUCAUGUGAUAUCCCAACCGAUUUUGGUAAUGGUCAAAGUGGAGUGAAGCUAGUUCAGCCGUUCAUGGUUUUCAAGGAUCUGGUGAAGUUUGUGGUCGGACCGUUUUACUAUACCACCCCCAUGUGUGAGACUCCUAAAUAUGAAAACAACUAUUAGACUUGGAUGGUUUGACUUUUGAUUAAGGUCAUUUAAAUUGACUGGUCCUUUGCCAUAUAUAUAUUUCUCAAAAAUGUAACUUGACAUGUUUUUUUCUUCCUUAAUUGUGUUGAUUCUUGUAAAUGUAAAAUUAUAAUUCUUACAAAUCAUACACUUUAAUCAUAAUAUGUAUGUUUUAGUUUGUAUUCCAACAAUGGUUUAAAAUAUCUUUUUCAUAAUAUCAUAAAUUAUACUAAUUUUGUAAUUUGUUCCCUGUUACUAAAUAUGUUCGAUCAAAAUUUUAAAUCUUGGAUUUGGAUUUAAUUUAGUAUUGUAAUAUUGAAAACGAGUUACAUAGGUUAUUCUAACUGAGUAAUAGCCUUUUCGCCACCAUCAUUUUACUUUAUUUCAAGUUAUAGAAAUCAAUGUUUUAAGAGCUACACAAACAUUUUUAGCUAAGAUAGCUGCCUCAAAUAUUUCGUGUUCGAGGUAUAAACGUAAACGUAACCAAACUGAAAAAUUGAGUGAGAGCUUGAAUAUCUGCGAGACUGCGAGUCACUUAAAACCAGUUUUGCACGAUUCAAUUAAAUUGAACAUAGAUGUUGUGUAGUGCUAGUUGCAUAGAUUUGUUUUUAAGGCGAUAUAUUUAUAUUUGGUGUUAAAAAGGUAAAUCACUCCAAUGAGAUAUGGAAACAGUUUUUGACAAAAGAAACUUGGACUAACAAUUCUCUAAACAUAUUAGACACUUCAUGACAAAAUAAACUCCAAUAAAACUAACGCUCAAAUAAUAUAUCUCAAAUCCGAAUAUUCUCUUAUUCCUCACACUAGGAUCUUCCAUGGAACUGGAUACAAUACAAACAUGAUCAAGAUAAUUAAAGUAAACAAAACAUAGAGAAAGAGAGUAUUACAAAGUAAAUUCAUAAUCUGCUGAUUCCGAGGGGAACCGAAGCUUGCCAAAGGAUAGAAGUUGCCCAAUUUAUAGAGGGAGAUAAAGAAAACUAGCUGUCUGAAUAUCAGCUGCCUCUUCAUCCUCAGCCUUCUGCAAUCUUCAUUGCUCCAUAUUACAAAACACUUUCCUUACAAGAACACAAAACUGCUUAGCUAGACAUUAAUAGUAAUCUUCAUUUUAUAUAUUUAGGCCACCCCCCUCUUGAUAAAUAAGAGGCUUUCUCUUCUACACCUCAGGGGAUGGCCAUUCUCUUUUGAUUUGUGGUGUUGUGCCAGAUUAAGAGAAGGUUUCAACCAUGGAGGCUUGCUAGGGGGUUAUAUAUAGCUUUUAUUUUUUCUUUGCAUUUGUGUUUUUUUGUUUGUCUAUGGUCAUGAAGACAUUUUUAAAAAAUACACUAAAAACCCAUCUUACAUAAGCUAUAGUGUUCUUUCCACUUUUUUCUCAAUUCUUUUUAAUUGUUUAGAAAUAACUUUUUGUAACAAUGAACCAAUAUAUUUCAUGUUUGUUAAUGUUCUUUACAAAGGAUAUUCCUUUCCGUAUUAUAGAUCUAUGCAAGAUUUAUGCUUUGUUAUCAUAUACACGUAUUUAUUAGAUAUCGCAUGCUGAAUUACACAAUACAUAACAAUAUGAAAAAUUCUAUACUGUACAAGUUUAGGCUAAAGAUUCAUAUACGCUCUGGGGGAAUUUCUUUAAAGGAUUUUACAAUAAAAUUUGCAGAAGAUAAAAAAAGAUAAGUAUAUUAAUGGUGUAAAGAGAGUGUGAAAGUAAUUUAAA